GCUCUUGUCUUUCAUCUUCGAGUCAUGACGGAAGGACCGUUACGUGAGCUUCAGGAAGAAGAAGUAGAGAUGUUGCUCCACUUAGAGGAGGAGCAUGCCCAGGCAGUGGCAGCAUUACUCAAUGGUGAAGAUGAAGAAAUGCCUGAAGAAAUACUUCAUCACAUCCAGGAUAUAAGAGAUGAUCAAGCUGAGAGAGUGAGAGCGAGAGGCUAUGUGGUAGCCACUGUACCAGCCUACCUUGAUGAUGACUUCCGUGGGCAUUUCCGGAUGACUCGACACCAGGUGCAGCAACUGCAGGAGGACUUGGGCGCGGCAGGGGCGUACGCCGAAGACCAUGGCGGAAGGGAGCCCAUUUCUCCAGGCAAAGCACCAUUGGUCCUUCUGUGGACUUUAGCCAAUCAGGACACUAUUCGGAGCAUUAGUGACAGGUUCGAUCUUACCAAGUCGAGUGUAAUACGCUCGAACCGACGCUUGACGAAUGCGAUCGUAAACGACCUGCUCGGAGAACACGUGAAGUGGCCAAACAACACUGCAGCUGGUGCGAUCGACUGUGCUGGGGGCAUCGAGAUUGUGGGGGCCAUCGAUGGCUCUCACAUCCCGAUCUCCCAGCCAGUCGAGGACCAGGAGGUCUAUGUAAAUAGAAAGGGCUUCCACUCUUUGGUUCUCCAAGCGGUCUGCCAGGCUGACACGCGCUUCAUUGACGUGUUAACGGGAUACCCGGGCUCGGUUCACGAUGCCCGGGUAUUCCGUAACUCUCCCUUGUGCCAGGCGCUUCCCAGACUGUGUCCCGAUGGUGAAAGUGUCAUUCUAGGAGAUAGUACAGCUUUCGACUGGGUUGACAACGCUACUACGGUGAUAAAUCUGCACCAGCUCACGCCAACUAGUGUUUUGUUCCACACAACAUUCACAUUGUACCACCAAAUAUCUCUGAACUCCGCCAAGUCAGAGUACGCACAGCGAUCUGGUGGAAAUUCCUCUUUGCAGUUUGGUUGGAAAAUCCGGCAUCAGGCCCAGCCCCAGCACCAGCACAAACUUCACAUCUACCCUAGUCGUCUGGUGCUUGAUCUGGUAACGGGUCUGCUGGACCGAGUAUGGGACCGGGACCGGAUCUGGGGCCGCUGA